AGAUAGCUAGACUUGUUCCAGCCUUGGCUCCUCGGGCUCGAUUCGAUUCGAGUCUGAGCAAUGCUUCUCCGGCGUCUGGGCGCGAGGCGCUGGCCCUUGAACCGGGAGCUCCAGUGCCAAGGCUUCCGAGGCAAAUGCUCCGGGCCAGCCUUCAGGCCGCAGCUCUACAGGCCUUGGGGUGCGCGAUGCUUCUGGGGCGGCCCUGAUGCGCAGCCGCCCGUGUCCCGCGGCCGCCGGAAGCAGAUGGAGGAUAGCAAGCAGACGGCCUGGUGGUACGGCGCCGCGGCGAUGUCCAUCUUUGCCUUCGUCUUUGCGCUGGUGCCGCUCUACAAGAUCUACUGCCAAGCAACUGGUCAGGGCCAGGCUUCGCAGAUCGGUCACAAAGAGUACGCGCCGCCGCCCCCUUCGGAGUCGGUGGACGGCAAGCGGCUCAUCACGGUGGACUUCGCCGCCACCGUCCACACCUCCUUGCCCUGGGAGUUUGUGCCCCAGCAGCGCCGCGUGGUCGUCGGCCUCGGGGAGAGACCGCCCUGGCCUUCUACCGUGCCAGGAACAACAGCGACCGCCCCAUCAUCGGGGUGUCCGUCUACCACAUGAUCCCUGCGGAGGCCGGGCUCUACUUCAACAAGAUCCAAUGCUUUUGCUUUGACGAGCAGCUGAUCAAUCCAGGCGAGGAGGUGGAUCUGCCGAUCUUCUUUUUCAUCGAUCCGCUGAUGGGGCGCGAUACGCGCUUUGACCACGUGGAUCGCAUUACCCUGUCCUACCUCUUCUUCGAGUCGGACUCCGAGCUGCCGGAGGAGUACGAGGACUUCAAGAAGAGUUUGCCUUCUAGCCGGCAGCCAGAGGUCCUGUCUGCUCCCAAGCCUAAGGAGGCGCCGGCUUCAGCGGCUUGAGCAGCCGUGCGUGCCUUUCCGAGCUGCGCUGCGUGGCGCGCGCGAGAAA